AUUUCUAUUUUGGUUUCGAUUUUCAGAGUUGUCGAGAGAAGAAAGGUUUACUUCCGAGAUUUCGUCAAGGUCCUUAGUCAUUUCCGCCCGAUCAAUAAAAACAAACCACAUCCAUGGAAUAGCCGUGAAGCGAAAUUACGCUUCGCGUUCACAAUGUACGAUCUGAACAAAAGCGGAACCAUUACGAAAGAUGAAUUCAAAGAUAUCCUACAGAUGAUGAUCGGCGCCAAUGUUCCGGAAGAACAGGUAAAUUCAAUUGCCGAUCGUACGAUGAGGGAAGCCGACAAGGAUGGAGAUGGUUGUAUUACAUUUGCAGAAUUCUGUCACGCCAUGGAAAAGACCGACAUCGAGCAGAAGAUGUCGUUUCGUUUCCUAACGUAA